AUGACACGGGAGAUGGCAAUGAUCCGGCUCUACCUGCGCCAACUGCUCUACCUGGGCACGCUCCUCUCCGUGGGGGACGCGACCAUGGACAUGCUCGAGGAGACGAUGGCGGCCCUAGAAGGCGAAGCAGAGGGACGGCACAGAGGGGGACCAGGGCAACCGGCCUGUUCCGAGCCACCUGCGCGCAAUAGGGGCUUGGACUACGUCGCCAUGGCCAAGCUCCGCAUUGAAGAUGUGGGGGAAAGUGAUGGGCCGGACGGCGUCAACCAACACCAAGCCAUGGCCGACCUGGGCCAUAUUGAAAGAGAUCUGGCCGCGGCAACGGACGUCCUGCAAGGCCUUGCGAGAAAGCAGGGGGGCUACCAAGUGAACAACGUCUUCGAGGGCAUCGCACAAGUACGCCAUGCUAUUGCUGCAGCCAGGACGGCUGCGCACCAGGGGGACUUUGACUGGAUGUCGGAGAGUUGGGGGGCCACCUUGAAGCUGCUGCUCCAGCCGGCGAUGGACUUCCAGGAGGAGACGCUUCUGCUCAACUUCGCGCACGCAGCAGACGUGGCAGCACUAGAAGCUGGUGCCCUAGAAGAGCCGCCACCGAGACAGGGGGACCAUCGCCAACAAGCUCAGCAAGUACUACGAGACCUUCGAGGGGUGGCCCCGUUCCUCACGACUGGGGGAGACCAGCUCAGAGGCUGCCUGGCAAUGGUGACGGGGGCCCUGGAAGCGCCUGUCACAGUGGACACCCAGACCACGGAGGAAGGGGAGGCCAGCCAGUCGCUCUUUGGCCAGCUGGGGGGCCAGCCGAUGUCGGAGCAACCAUGGAAGCCACCUCUCGACAUAGAACAGUGGCCUGGAAGCAUCCCUUCGUCGGGGACGGAACCGCCAGAACAGGGCCCCACACAACCUGACGACAGCCAGUGGGGGCCCUCGGAUGACGACCUGCUGGCAGCCAUGGAUGCAUAUGAGCGUCAAGUUGAAGAGGAAGCCAGAGAGCAAGCCAUGCUGGACGCAGUGGGGGGAGCAGGCUCACCAGAAGAAGACCAGGGGGGACAGCCUGGGGCCCCACCACUGGCACGUGCAGACAGCCAUCGUCGGCGGCGUCUCCACGCGGCCCUGUACGAUGAAGACGGCGGCUUCUGGCACCCGGGGGACUGA